ACUGAUUUUGAUAGCGACGAUGAUUACGAUUAUUAUACGCGAAAUAAAAAAUACGUAAAGAGUCGCGUACAGCAUCAAAUAAGAAUCAAAACCUAAUAAAAAUUCAACCGUGUCAACGUAUUCAAGCAAGUGUCGUCCAUGAAGUACGUCCUAAGAGCGAUGUUUUUUUCUUCCCUCGUUUUUAUUUUUUCUCAACUAUUUUUCUUAUAAUUUGUUUUUUCUCCUUUGUGAAAAGCAGAACGGUUUAUAGAAAACGAUUACAAAUAUGUUGAUACAUCAUCAAGAUUAAAACAAAUGUUGAAAGAUAUAGAAAAUCAAUCAGAAAUAUCGGUCGAUAGUGAGCGUCAUACAUACAGAAGCUACAAAAGAUAUACGUGUCUGCUGCAAAUAUCAACCAGAACAACUGAUUAUAUUGUUGAUCCAUUGCCGUUGAAAAGUGAGUUACAUGCCCUGGAUAAUGUGUUUACAAAUGCAAAAGUUGUUAAAAUUCUUCACGAUGCUGCUUUCGAUGUUGAAUGGUUACAAAACGACUUUGGUCUCUACGUCGUUAAUAUCUUUGAUACAUUUCAAGCGUCGAGAGAAUUAAAUUUGUCAUCACUUAUCUUUUGA